AUGAUUAGAAUUUAAACUCUUGCAAUUUGCAUUACUUCUAUCUUGGGAUCAUUCAUCCAAAAUUAAUAAGCAAUCAAUAACAUAGAAUGCACUUUAGUUGAAUACAGAAGACCAGACGUUUUUUAUUCUGUAGGCACAGGAUCUCUAAGCGUUGAACCUACAAUAGCAACAGUCAAUUUUGCAAUUGAGAUCUUAAAUGAACUUGCAGAAGUAGCUUUGAAUACUGCCAACUAAAUAUAGAGUAAAGCCUUUAAAUCAUUGCAAAAAGUGGAUACAACAAAUGCAGGAGUGAAGAUCUCCACUACAUAAUUUUAGAUGUUCCCUCAUACAGAAUAUGAUUAUACCUAUUUAAACCCUUAAAUCAAAUUCAAAGGUUAUAAAGUAAUCAUUAGCCAAAAAUUGGAAACCCCUAAUUUGAAGAUUAUUGGAUAAUUGAUCGACGCUGCUAUCAAUGCUGGAGUUACUACCAUAGAGAAUGUUUCCUUUGAUAUCAAAUAAGAAUAAAAGUCAGAGUUGAAAGAUUAAAUUCUUUAAUUAGCUAUACAAGAUGCAACAAAUAAAGCUGAAAUUGCAUUAAAAGGUUUAGAUAUGAAAAUACAUUCAAUCAAAAGUAUCACCGUUGAUUAGCCUUAAUAUAAACCAGUAUAUGAAUACGCUAACACAACAAUGAUCGAAUCUGCUGCUGCUCCAACUGAAAUCUAUGCUCAAGAAUAAAACUUAUCGCAUACAGUCACAAUAGGAUUUAUCAUAGUUCCUAUUGAUCAAUGA